AUGUCAAUUGAACAAUCAUUUUUAUCUGGUUCAAAACUUUAUAUAAAAAAUUGUCAUACAGUAGAUAAUCUUCUUUAUCCAUUAGCACAAUGGAAAGCAACAUCACACGAAUUAAAUUCUAAUGAUGAUUCAAAUUUAAUUAUUUAUUGUGGUCGUCAUUUUGAUUUUUAUACAACUUGUGAUUCACUUGACAAAGUUUCAUCAUCAUUAUAA